GUGAACGCUGGGAACAUUUUGUUGUUUACGUUAAAUUAGCUACAAUUUAGCAGAUAAUACAGACGACUGUAAUUUCAGGAAUAGUAUCUGUAUUGAUUAAUCACAUUGGUGGAAAGUAACUACAUAUACUCAAGUACAAUAUUUUAGUACAAUGUACUUUACCUGUGUAUUCUUAUUUUUUAUGCAACUUUAUACUUCAACUCUACUACAUUUUGAGGCAAACACUGUGUCAUGAACAACUAUGAGGUCAUCCGUCAGAUUGGAGAGGGUGCGUUUGGUAAAGCCUUCCUGGUUCGAGACAAAGGGGGACUUGGAGACAGACAGUGUGUGGUCAAACAGAUCAACCUCAGAAAGAUGUCAGCGAGGGAAAAGGAAUCGUCCAAGAAAGAAGUGACGUUGCUGUCAAAGAUGAAACACCCGAACAUCGUGGCCUUCAUCAGUUCAUUUCAAGAGAGGGGCAGCCUGUACAUAGUGAUGGAGUACUGUGGCGGAGGAGAUCUGAUGAAGAAGAUAAACAUGCAGAGAGGAGUCUUCUUCACUGAGGGGCAGGUCGUGGACUGGUUUGUUCAGAUCGGCCUCGGCCUCAAACACAUCCACGACAGGAAGAUCCUUCACAGAGACAUCAAAGCUCAGAAUAUCUUCCUAACCAACGGAGGGAUGAAAGCAAAGCUGGGGGACUUUGGAAUUGCAAGAAUGUUGAAUAACACUAUGGAGCUGGCCAGGACUUGUGUUGGGACACCGUACUACCUCUCCCCGGAGAUCUGCGAGAGUCGACCCUACAACAACAAGACGGAUAUCUGGUCUCUGGGCUGCAUCCUGUAUGAACUCUGCACCCUGAGGCAUCCAUUUGAGGGCAGCAGUCUGCGGCAGCUGGUCGGUAAAAUUUGCAGAGGGAGCUACAACCCAGUACCGAGCCACUACUCCUACGAUCUCCGCCUGCUGGUCACCCAACUCUUCAAGGUCAACCCCCGGGACCGACCCUCGGUCAGCUCCGUCCUCAGGCGUCCAUUCCUGGAGAAGCACAUCAGCAAACACCUGGAUCCACAGGUGAUGCAGGAGGAGUUCAGCCACACGGUGCUGCAUCGAAACAGAGCAGCAGCAUCCCAGGCUGUUAAAACAAGAGCAGGAGCAGCAGAGAAUAAGCAGAAGUCCAGAGCAGCAGAGAGGCCCGGAGUCGCUGUGAAGAGACCAGACUGGAGAGUCCCACUCAGAGUCUACACUCCUGCCCACUACAAACCUCUUCAUCAAAGAGUUGCAGACAGAGAAGCUGCAGGGCAGCAGAAGCAAAGGUUCAAUGGACAGCAGCCAGUCGGCUAUUACCAGCACCACUACGCCCAGCUGGACGCCUUUCAGAGGAGGAACAAGGAAGACGUCCUUCCUCCUCCUCCUCGUCCUCCUCCUCCUCAGGAGAGACAGAAGGAGCGAUGUGAAGACCACACUGUGGAACCAUACCAGCUUGUGGCUGCAGCUCGUAAUGAAUACCUGCAGAGGAGACACGAGGCCAACCAGUACAAGCUGAGAGCAGAGAAACAGCUGGGUCUGCGUCCGUGUACAGCUGAGUGCAACAGGAAGCGCGGUGGUCAGGAGCAGGAAGUGCGACCUGAACAACAACAUGCACCUCAGGACAAGAGGCAGGAGGGACAGCAGGAUUACCUACGUCAGCUGGAUCUCAUCAGACAGCAGUAUCACCAGGAGAUGAGACAGAUGAGGCUGAGAGCUGACGUAGAGGUACACAAAAACCUAAUUUCCACUUCAGGUUACAGAACAGCGCCUCAGCCACAGCACAAACAUGAAACCUUUGUGGUGGAGAAACCCAGAGACCCAGAACCUGAGCAGCAGAGACGUCCACCUGCACAGGAUGUGGAUGCAGCUCUGAGGCAGAUCAGAGAGGAGAACGGAGACCAGAAGAGAGCGCUGGAGAGAAAACACAAAGACAAGAAAGGAAUCAUGUUUGAGAUCCGGUUAGACGAGGAAGGCAUGAAAGAGGACGCAGAGAAGGAGAAACAGGAGGGAAGCGAGGAAGAAGAGGAGAAAGUGGGUGAUGGAAGACAAAUGGAGGAGGAGGAAGUGGACCCUCUGAACCAGACUCUGAGCUUCCAGGAGGGGGAGGAGUUGAAGCUCAGAGAUUGGUCGGAGGGGAGGAGGGGGUGGAGCCAGAGGACUCCACAGACUUUGCUGGACGCUCUCGCAAACAUGGACAUCAACUCUGCCUACAGCACCGCGGCCGAGGAACAAGGUGAGGAUGCGGCCGGUCGCAGACGGUGGGUCGAUGACCCCCCCAACACCCUGCUGAACGCUCUCGCUCAGGCUGAACUCGCAUCAUCAACUCUGGACUCAGUGGAUGCAGAUUUAGAGCCAGAGAAGGACAGAGAAGAUGAGGAGAGGAAGGAGGACGAGGAGUACUCUGAUGUGGAGAUGGAUGAAGAUCAUCUGGAGCCGAGGUCAGACGAUGACGACACCAACUUUGAGGAGUCGGAGGACGAGCUGAGAGAGGCGGUGGCCGACUCCAUGAAGAACCUGUUUGUGAUGGAGGACGGGAGCUCGGACGAGGCGGAGCUCACAGAGGAGAGGGCAGCGGUGGAGGAAGGGAUGAACGAGAAUGAGGUCGGACGAGAAGUGAGCGCUGCACACUCGCAACAAAACGAGCAGGAAGUUGAAGACUCCAGUGCAGACAUUGUCUCGCCUGAGACCGAAGAAUGUGACGGUCAGUCCGAGCAUUCAGACGAUCGCACGUCAAAACAAGACAGCAGCAACUAAAACAUGUCAAAUUCAGCUUUGCAUAUGUUUUAUGGGGGAGAUGCAUUUGUUUGUUCGACAAAUAAUAAGCUUUGGUAAGAUUUUCUCUGAGGGCUCCUAUAACCAUCCACCUUCAUUGUCCUAUUAAUUCAGUUUUUAAGGUCCCAGUUAGCUUGAAACAGAUUAGUUUGAACGUUGAAUUAUCCAACCAGGUCUCAAAGUGUUUAUAGCGGCUCUGAACAUAAAUCAAGGCAUCCAAAUUUAGUGCAAAUUAUAACAAAAUUUCCAGGGAAUUGGCAAAAGUAAAGGCAAAUUAAUUUGCAUUUCCAUCCGCUACUGCUGUGUGAAUAUGAGUUCAUUGGUUGAUGGAGAUAAGCAGCUUGUGGAGCUAAUUAUCUGUUCAGCGCCAUUAAAAUUAAGAGGACACAAUGAGAUGAGGUCAUUAAUUAAAAGAGCUCUACUCAAAGAUCAAAUGGUGGAAAACAUGAUGGAGAUUUGACAUUUAUUGUCAUGUAUUAAUGUGAGGAAGUCGCCUCAUCGCUCCACACAGAUCUGAUGUUUUCACCUGCCACCGUUUAGUCAGAAAGAACUAGUUUUGUGCAGAAUACAAAGAGAGAGAUUGAGGUCCAGCAUGUCUGAACGCCCAGUUGUUAGGGUUCUUCAUGCGUUGUUUUGUACUUUAUAUCGGGUGAGUCUGGUGGCGUUCUAUAUCGUUCUUACUUUCAACAAAUCCCACGAAAAAAGACCAAAAGUAACAAUGUGUUCGUCCGUCUCUCAAUACUUGUCUGCCCCGGCUCUCAGCUCCGUGCCAAUAGGUUCCUACUGAAGACAUGAAUCUUUAAAAACACAAAUGUUUUUUAACAAAACAAGGGAAAGGCUCAGUAAUUUUCACAACAGUUGGCCACUGUUAUUAAAUGGAUGUUCUUCUCUAAUAAGCAGCAGUAGUGUUUUACCUUUGCUGUGCCGUUACUGUUUCUUGCCACAGGCUGGCAGCACAAACAAACAGUUUCUAUGAAGUGUUUUGACGAUUGCGUUUAUUGCAGUAUUGUUUCAGUUUUCUCAUCCUCUCAACAUGGACAUACUUAAAUAGUAAUAAUUCUUUUUUGAAAUAAAGAUUUUUAAUAUUCAACACGUGUAAUAUUUUCGUGAACUCAUUACAAACAGGAAUGCAGGAAGUGAAACAAUAUUUAAACGAGAGAUAUUUGGCCAUCAUUACUUUUGAAGUGCUCCCUCGAUGUGCUCAGAAACAGAAAAGUCUUCAUUUCGGUAACUUCUUGAGGAAAAACAACAUUGCAAACCCCUUUACAUCUAUUUAAGAAUCAGUCAGUAAUUGGAAAACAUCAUCAUAAAUAAACUAUACUCAAAGUCACACCAGUAUAACUCGAUAUAACUCACUUCCACACCAGCAAACACAUACGGCCUUCAGUGGUGUCGCACAAAAAGCUGGUUGGAAUGUAACUACUCUCAAUUUUAAUCAAACGCCUCAAAGGAACAUUUUUGGGAAAUAUGCUUCAUAGUCAGGUGAGAAGAUUCAUACAAGUUGAAUAUCUGUGCGUCCAGUACUGAGAUAAGUCCAGCAUGUGUUUGGCUUUGCACAAAGACGGGAAGAAGGGGCAAACUGCAGGCGUAGCAUACUCAUAAGAGAAGAAACACAAGCUGGCUAGCGAACAAGAUCAAAUGUGUUGGUAAGGAAACAGAUGGAAGAGAAACAUUUUCUUACUUUACGCAUGCUAGCAGUGUCCCUCUGCUGUCAGCCUGGUAAACUAGGCUCAACAGGUCCUGGACCAAAUAUCACAACGAUAUGACGUUAAUGAUAAUAAAAACUCCCAAAAUCCAUUUCCUCUUGUAAAUGUAACUUCCCACUUGGAAUAAUGUGGUUUAAAGUUUUUUCUGAGCUGUUAGCCAGCGUCCCAUCGACGUUGAUGGUUUAAUAGUGAAUACGAUGAGACUUUUAUGUUUCAUCUGUCAUCCGCUUCUCCAGGCUGGGUCACUUUGAUAAAUGAACAUUACGGCGAUCAGCCCUGCUACGGUUUUCUGUUCGGGGAGGAUUUCAACAGUGACGUUUGUUACUACGAACAUUACAGACGCUUCAUCUCUUCUCCAUGUUUCUGUCCGUUUGGUGAACAGUCGUCGAGAGUUUGACACAUGCAAAGUCACUGGAAAUGUUUUUUUUUGUUGUUUUUGCUUCAUCGCAGCGUAUAAGACAGACAAGUUUAUCUCUGGGUGUCUACCAGGAACUUGACAAUGUCGACUAUUAUUUUAAAUGAGGAACGAGACACUAUGUCACACUUUAGUAACAGCGUCGGAAGCUUAGCUUGUUUUAAACUUAGAUAUGACUCACUGUUUCCCCCCUCAUAUAUCUGGGUAGCAGAAUUAACUUAAUAUGAAGUCCUGGUCCCUGGUGGACACCGGGCCUCGUCUGGUCCUCCUCAUCGCUCCAGUUGACACAUCAGAGACUCCAUGGCAGCGAUGAAACAAGCCUCAAAUUCUUGGUCGGAGAAUCGCUCCACAGAGCGCCGGGCAUUGUGUCGGAUCUCCAGUCUGGCCGAUGGAGACAGCGCCAAGAUGGCUUCCAUGGCAGCGGCGUAGCCGUCCUCGCUGUCGGCCAGGAAGCCCGUCUGUCCGCCUUCGUACGCCACCACGAUGUCCAGUUUUGGACCUCCAGACUUAUGAGCGAGGACGAUGGUGCCUGCAGCCAUACACUCCACCACACCUGGAGAGAGAGAGAGACAGAGAGAGAGUGAGAGCUGCUGAUCUAAUACAAACAAACAUUCACCGUCAGAAAUCCUCUGCCGUCAAACCUGUUAAACUUGAAAUUAACAAUAUUUGCAUCGUCAUACAUUCUUGAUUUUUCAAUGAGGGAGAUGUCAUUCAUUUUAAUAAUUUUUAAAGUAAUCAAACUUCUUUUGUAUUUCUUAAAAACAUGUCUGGGGAGACCUUCAAAGUAAUAAAGUACCUGUGUAGUUUUUGUAAAUACUAUGUAGGUGAAGUGUGUGUGGGGCGUGUUGUCCUCACCUAUACCAAAGUGUUCGUUCCACAUGGUGUGCAGACCGAUGGUGGCGUCCACCAGCUCUCUCUUCAGCUCCUCGAAGGACACAUUGAGUUUGAAGUCGACGCGGUCGGCCACGUCCAGCUCCUGGCAGAGCCCCCGCAGCAUCAGCACCCGCUCCUCAUCCUCCUGGUUCCUGCAUCCACCAAUCAGCACCAGCCGCAGAGACUCCCGUC